UCUGAGGUCAUCGCGCACUAUAGUCUUGGUGGGCCGUAACACACGGGCAUGGACUCGAAUCGGCCGCUCGAAACUCUGCAGAAGAACCAGCGCUUUGCCGGCGGCCAGAUUCCGCCGAACCCUAGGAGCUCCGGCCACCGGCGGGCCUACUCGGAGAGCUUCCGCCUCACCGAAGAGUUCCUGUUUGACUCCGACCCCGACUUCAACUUCUCCGAUAUCGACUUUCCCUCUCUUUCAGAUGAAAACAAAUUCGGCAGCACCACCACCGCCGCUGCCAUUCCCAUUCCCACCGAUUCCGGCGGCACAUCAAAGCCGUUAGCGGUGAAUCCGGUAUCAAGACCUUCCGUAGGUGGAGCUCACUUGAGGAGUCUAUCGUUGGACACAGCUUUCUUCGAUGGGUUGGGAUUCCAGGCUCCCGGAGCCACCAGUGGCUCUGCACAGGAGAAGAAGCCGCAGCAUCGGCACAGCAGCUCUAUGGACGGGUCGACGUCUCCGUUCGAAGGGGAGUCGGUGCCGCCUUCUUCGGAUUUUUCGAAGGCAGCGAUGACGGCGGAUAAGCUCGCGGAGCUGGCUCUGAUCGAUCCGAAGAGAGCCAAAAGAAUUCUUGCAAACAGGCAGUCUGCUGCUCGAUCAAAAGAGAGAAAAGUACGCCACACAAAUGAACUUGAGCGGAAGGUACAGACACUGCAGACAGAGGCAACAACUCUAUUGGCUCAGCUCACCUUGCUUCAGAAGGAUUCUACUGAUUUGACUACUGAGAAUAGAGAACUUAAACUGCGGUUGCAGUCUAUGGAACAACAGGCUCAUCUUAGGGAUGCUUUGAAUGAGGCGUUGAGUGAAGAAGUUCGACGGCUCAAGAUGGCGACUUCGCAGGUUCAAAACAUCGAUGGAAACACCGUCAACUCAGGGUUUCAGCAGCGUUCCUCCCCUUAUUUCUGUCAUCCACAACAGUUUCCUAACUGGCCGACUCAACAGAUCCCUUCGUCUUCACUUAACAGCCAUCUGAGUCAGCAUCUCAACUCAACUCUGUCUCCAGCUUCCCCAAAAGGUACAACAAUUCAUGAUUCUAUGGAUUUGAUGUAAUAAUCUGCAAAAUGUUGAAGAAUGGCUUUGAUGUGGAGUCAGCUUCGUGGAAUUUGCAUGCAUACCGCAAAAUUCUUAUUUAUUUGCAUAUUUAACACCUUAAUAUAAAGAAACUAACUUAAAUAUUUGGCUAAAAGUGUCAAAACGGUCCCGUCACUGUUUGCAAUGAGUCAUUUUAGUCCCAAAGUCCAUAAAAGCGUCAAUUUAAUCUUCUGAUUCUUUUAAUUUGAAGACUGUUUCAGCUCAUGUUAAAAAAGUAUGAGAAUUAAUUUGGCGCUUUCAUCUACUCUGAGACUAAAAUGGUUCUAUGUAAAUAAUCACGGGACUAUUUUGACACUUUAUUCUAUAUA